AAUCACGUAAGAUCUUUGAGAAUAUAAGAGGAGCUUCAGGUCGAGAGUUGAAUACAAUUUGGAUACAAUGGGGAAUCGAGUACUGUGGACGCUCCUCGUCGCCCUGGUUGCUUUGCAGUCGUCGGGUGCGGCUCCCAUAAUGGCCAAUAUUCAGUUGGACUUGUACGUGGCCAACGAGGUCGUCCAAAUGCUUUCGAGCACUCUAGACGAGAUUGCCAGAUUUCUUCAGCCAGUAAUUAAUGAAGCCGAGAGGACCUUCCCUCCUGACGCACACAGUUUUCUCUUAUCGGAAAUAAAGAAACUGGUCAACCUUAUCGGGGAGCUAGACGAAAACUCUGACGAACUGGAUGAAAUCGGUGAAAUGUUUGAUCUCAUCGGCAUAGCACAGAUUUUUGAUCCAUCCGAUUAUCCGGAUCUAUCCGACACGGAUCAGAUUGUGGUUCGUAUUCUGGAGGAACAUGGAAUCGAGGUCUUCGAACAAAAGCUAAUAGCCAAAUUUGAUAAAACGAUGCACAAAAUCGAGCAGAGGAUUGAAAAAUAUAUAAUGGGAAUGUCUGACAGUAAGGCGACCAGAAAAGCGGAUUUCAUCGAAUGGUUCAAUGAUUUCAAAAACGAAAGUGACAUUGGUGAAAAGAUUGAAAUGUUAUUUAGCCAGAAGUAUUUGUUUGCUUGAAAGUGUAUUUGAUUAAAUAAGAUUCUAGAUUUAAAUAGUAAUGCGUGUGACUCAAUAACAAGAAACUCUAAUAGAAGACACUUCCGGCAAGAAAA